GUAAGUAAUAUUUCAAGCCAUGGCCGCACUUCGAAGGUACACUACUAAGUUUCUGACAAUUGGUCAGUUGAAAAAGCAAUAUUCAUCUGCUGCUAAGUUAGUUGAUGUAAAUGUAAGCGAUAAAACAGGUAUUGCAACAGUGUCGUUGAAUAAACCACCAGUAAACAGUUUAAAUUUGGAGUUCAUCACAGAACUUAAUUAUAACCUUCAAGAACUGGAGAAAAGCAAAUGCCGAGGUGUUAUAUUGACCUCAGCUUUGCCAAAAGUAUUUUCAGCUGGAUUAGAUAUUUUGGAGAUGUAUAAGCCAGACUUAAAACGUGCAGACAGCUUUUGGCGUGCACUUCAGGACCUUUGGUUGACGUUGUAUGGUUUAGCGCUACCUACUGCAGCUGCAAUCAAUGGUGCUAGUCCUGCAGGUGGCUGCCUCCUCGCAACGUCGUGUGAGUAUCGAGUGUUCGUUGAAGGAAAGCAUACAAUAGGAUUGAACGAAACACAAUUGGGUAUAAUUGCUCCAAAAUGGUUCCAGGAUACAUUUGUCAAUGUGAUCGGUCAACGCCAAGCAGAGAUAUCACUGUUGCGAGGUUCCCUUUACACUCCAGAAGAGGCACUAAAAAUUGGCCUGGUCGAUGAAUUGGCUACAAAUAAAGAGGAAGCAAUCGCUAAGUGCGAAAAAUAUAUUGCUGCUUAUGCUAAAAUAUCACCUGCUGCAAGGUCAGCAACGAAGAAUCAAUUAAGGAAGUCAGCACUUUCAUGGCUUGAAAAAAAUCGAGAUUUUGAUGUCAAAAUAUUCAUUGGCUUCUUAGAGCAACCUCAGGUACAAAAGGGUUUGGAUAUGUACAUCCAGAGCUUGAAAAAGAAGUGAAACUACUAAAGCUAACAGCAAUAAUAUGUCACGCCGUACCAGCCCCCAUGUCACAGAACUGCGAUGUAUGGCGAAUACAAUAAAUUUUUUUACUGUAAAAUUUAGAUAAGA